GCCACACUUUGCUGAUUCAGGUGACGGAAUAUGUCGAAUAAAUACUUAUUUCUGAAGUCAGGAUUCCCGCGGGCACCUUUUGGUCUUGGGAUCGGACGUUAUGUCUGCCAGUUACAGAGAAUAACUUUAAAAUUUUGCAAAAACCGUGGUGCAAGUCAGGGAAUAAGAGGCUUCAUAGAACAUGAUCUAGUUAAUUAUGCAAAAGAAAAUCCAGGAGUUGUAGUAUAUGUUAAACCAAGAAGGCAUAGACAACCAGUCAUAGUAGCCGAAUAUUUGAAUGGCGAUAGACAAUGGAUGGAGGUUGCUAAUUAUAGCCGAGAGGAUAUUAUAAAAUGGAUGGAAUUGUUACGAACACAAUUUCAUAAUGGUUCUUCGUUGAGAUUGCGUAAACUAUGGCACACGGAAUUUCCAUCGAUUCAGGGACCAUGGACACCAUUUACUUUUAGAAAUCCUAUGUUAAACUUAACUCAGUUUCCUAAUAAAGAGCUUGGUGCAGCUGUUAAACUUGGUCCCACAGCAACGGAACAACUUGUCGAAUUAUUCAAGGCUCAGCAGUUGACUGAUAAUGCAGUUAAUGAUUCCUGCCAAAAUGUUGAAGAAACUUCCAUACAUGUUCAAAGGACAUAAUAUUUUAAGCAAUUUUAAUACAGUUCUAAUUUUUAAUUUAUAGUAUGUAUA